CCUCUAAACCCCCCCGACCCUCAAAUCUCUCUCUCUGUGAGUUUGUGUGCAAUUGUUUGCUCGAUCUGUUCUGCUGCAGUUCCUCUAAUCAGAUCUUCAAAGAUGUCAGGGAAAGGUGCUAAAGGGUUGUUAACGGGGAAAACCCCAUCGACUGCAGCGAAAGACAAAGACAAAGACAAAGACAAGAAAAGACCCACCUCUCGCUCUUCACGUGCUGGUCUUCAGUUUCCUGUGGGUCGCAUCCACCGUCUCCUGAAAUCAAGGGUCACCGCUAGUGGAAGAGUUGGUGCAACAGCUGCUGUAUACUCUGCAGCUAUCUUGGAGUAUCUUACUGCUGAAGUGUUGGAAUUGGCAGGUAAUGCAAGCAAAGAUUUAAAGGUGAAACGUAUCACACCUAGGCAUUUGCAGCUUGCAAUACGGGGUGAUGAAGAACUUGAUACCCUGAUCAAAGGAACCAUAGCUGGUGGUGGUGUGAUCCCUCAUAUCCACAAGUCACUUAUCAACAAAUCCUCCAAGGAUUGAGCUGGUGAUGAUCAUCCAUACCGUUAUGUUUACUUACUGUAGUUUUAAAACAAUGAAUACCAUUAGGUGGAUAGUGUUGCCGGUUUGCUGCUAUGGCUGCGUGCAUGUUGCAGGUUUUCUAUUUAGCAGACGGAUGGUCUUUUUGCGUAGCUGAAAGCAAAAUGCUUUGUUUCCAUUCUCUGUUCUGUUGAUAUUUUGCGGCAAUAUUGAUUUGCCAAUGCAGUAUGCUUGGAAAUUUGGUUGGGCUUUA